GGGAUUUCAAAGCACAUAAAUAGCAGGGCCUCGGAGCUGCAGGAAUGGAUUUCCACCUGUCGGAGCUCCAGCCUCUCGCCAGGAACCCGACCUGCUGCCCCGGGAAACCGCUGGAGAAGCAAUUCCGCGUCCUGCGGUCCAUGGCUUGUGUGAGUGGGUGACCCUGGCAGCAUGGCGUGCUGCGUGCUGCAGAUCGCCGGGCUGAUCUUGGGCGGCGCGGGCAUGGUGGGCACGCUGGCGGCCACCGCCAUGCCCCAGUGGAGGGUGUCUGCCUACGUGGAGGGCAACAUCGUGGUGUUCGAGAGCAUCUGGGAGGGGCUGUGGAUGGACUGCAUCAGCCAGCUGGGCCUCAGGCUGCAGUGCAAGUUCUACGACUCGCUGCUGGCGCUGCCGCCGCCGCUGGAGGCCUUGCGGGCCCUCAUGUGCCUGGCGGCGGCGCUGGCCGUGCCGGCCUUCCUGCUGGCCAUCACUGGGGUCAAGUACAGCCAGCGCCGCACGGAGGGGCCCGGGGCCGUCAGCACCUUCGUCCUGGCGGCCGGGAUGGCCUUCCUGCUGACGGGCACGCUGGUGCUGGUCCCGGUGUCCUGGGCCGGGGGCAGCGUCAUCCGCGACUUCUACGACCCCGAGGUGCCGGCGCCGCUGAAGCGGGAGCUGGGGGCUGCGCUCUACGUGGGCUGGGCCAGCGGUGCCCUGCUGCUGGCCGCAGGAGCCAUGUACUGCCUCUGCUGGUGCUGGGCCGGCCCGGCUGCCGGGCACAGCUACCCACGGCUGGCCCGGGCGGCGCGGCCGGGAGCGCCGGCCCUGGCCGUCCAUGCCUACGUGUAGCUGCUGGCCCCGGCACCGAGAGCUCUGGGCUGCACGGAACCCUAAGGAUCGUCCCAUUCCAGCCCCUGCCGUGCCAGGGACACCUUCCACCAGCCCAGGGUGCUCCAAGCCCCGUCCAGCCUGGCUUUGGACACCGCCGGGGAUCCAGGGGCAUGCUGUGAUCUUCCUACUUGACGUGUGCUGAUUGACUUCCUAAUUUACCUCCAGGAGGAGUAAUUUUGUUGCUUUGCUCUUUGCCGGUGACUCGGAUCUCGGAUGCCUGGCAGGACCUGUUCUCACGCAGGCGCUUGGUUAGAGCACAGUCUGCAUUUCUUUGGGAAUGAGGAACGGCGUGGGACAGCAGCAGUCAGCAGGCUCUCGGGGAAGAUGAGCAGCCCGUGCUGGGCUGGAGCGAAGGAGCUGCUGUGCGGCACCCAGUGCCCUGCCAGACCCCUGAGGGGCAGCCCUUGGGAGUGGAGUGUCCCUAAGGAGUGAGUGCCCUGGGAGAAGCCUGGAGCUGGCAGCAGGGCUCGGUGAACAGAGAAGCCUCCAGCUUGCAGUCCUGGCACAGAGAUGUUUGUGCUGCCCCAGCAGAGGCCUCUGGGACUGUCCAUGGAUUUCCCUGAUGCUUGUGGAGCUGCUGUAUCCUCCUCAUCUCCUCUGCAGGGCACGGGACGUGGCUCAUGGAACAGAUUUUUAACCAUUCCCCAGUGCUGGCUUCCCUGCUGCUUGCCACCCCUCCUGCUCUGUAGGCAGCUCCUCCUCCUCUGCAGAGCCCGGCGCAGGCCAGGAAUGAGCCCACAUGCUCAGGAAGCCCUGUGCCCAUGCAAAGUGUAAUUUCCAGCCAGGGAAGGCACAGGCAGUCCCCACCUGCCCCUCGGAGCACACAGCUGCUGCCCACGGCUCCCAGCACGCCCAAAAAGCCAAGCCCUGACCUUGCUCCAGCUGCUCCGUGCUUGCCAGGCUGCCUUGGGAAUGCAGCCUGAUCCUGUCUGUCUGUCCUGCAGGAUCCUACAGCAUUUGCAUGGUCUGGAAUUGUAGUGUUCCCAGCUGAAAGCCUUGGAGGCUCCAUGUCAGUGCUGAUCAAAAGAGGAGCUCAGACAGAGUCUCUGAGCUCAGACAACCCCGUGCUCGUGUGUGGGCUUGGAGCCCAGCCCUGAUCCCAAGGGCAGAGCCAGAGCCAUGUCCGGGGCUGAGUGGCACACGUGGCACUUUCUGGGGAUGUGGUGGAGCAUUUUAGGCUCUCAGGAAUACGUCUAAGAGCGUGUGGCACUAACAUUUCAGAGUUUGCUGCAGGAGCAGCUGCCUCAGGUGGAGCUGAUCUGCGGGACAGGGAACCGGGGGUUGCUUGAGCAGAGCUGGAAUUCCCGCAUCGUGGAUUCUGGUGGGGAAAAGCCCCCUUAGAGGAUCAGUGGAUGUUUAAUGUCUGCAUACAAAGGGAUUUGGCACUGAGGGGGUGCAUGUGUGCCUGCUGAGGGACACAGAGCUUCUCCUCUUCCUCUGCCCUGUUCAGAUGCUCUGGGAGCAGGAGCAGGAAAAGGAAGCUGUAAGACUUUAGCAAAAACCCUGCAGUUGGAUUUUGCAACUGACCUGCUGCUGUGGAUGAGUUUUCUGAGGGCAACAGGAAAAGUUUGGCUGGUGGAGGAGCUGGGACACAUCCCCACGCCCAGGGCUGUGCCUGCUCUGGCACAUCUCCUGCUCCUGCUGGGUUUUAUCCAGCCAGAGCCCGUGCCCAGUGACCCUGAGCGCCCAGGGGCAUUCCUGGAGCUCACCUGGAUGCUGAAGUGUCCUUCCAUGAGGCAGGUGAGGAUGCUCAGGAACAAGAGCAAAGGCUUUUCUUUGGGAGGGAAGGAGCCCUGUGUGCUCCAGGAGGGGCCUGGAAGCAGGGUGGGAAUAAUCCCGGUGUGCCUUGUGUCAGGUUCCUGGGGCUGCUCUCCUGCAGGGGCGAAGCUGCCCUGGUGCUCCGUGCUCACAGCCCCAGCUGGCAGAGCCUUCAGCCUCCCUGCACUGCUGGGAAAUAACUGAUUAAAUACUGUGGGUAAAUCUCUGCUGUGAUGUCCUGGUGUCUUUUUAUGCUUUGGUGUUUGGUGAUUGCAGGACAAAGUGACUUUGGAAACAAACGUGUCUAGCUGAGC